AGAGAACUUUGUUAGAGAGCGCUUGUGUGGCUUGUGAGAGAAAAUUCUUAUUUUUUGAGUGGUUGGCAGGCUUGUCUCUUGUGUGGUAUGAGUGUGUGCGGGCAGAGUUCGUUGAGAUGUGCUAGCGACACGUGCGUUCUUGAGAAAUCCCGAAUAAGAUAUCAUUCCUUACAUAUCCGUGCCUUAUUUACGCAUCUUAUUCGGUUCAAAUUUUGAACAUCUGGCGACCGUGACAGGACUCUGGCGUAAAUAAUCUCGUGUGAUCAUGGAUAACUGCAAGAAGUUAAGGAAAACCGCGCGUGCGGCAUUCACAAGGACAUACAACUGGCUCUCAACGAAUAUAAGUAGAGACGCAGCAAUCGAGGAUAUACAAGCACAGUUUGCGUUGUUAAAAGAUAAAGCCAGUGAAAUCGAGGAUCUCAACGAUAAGUUGCAACAGUCACUACUCGAUCAAGAAGAAAUGACGGAUCAGGACCUCGAAGAAGAAUCCGCGACAUGCGAUGAAUAUCGUCUCAAGUAUUAUCGCAUCAAGACACAAGUUACGAAUCUAAUGCAACCGAUGCCCCCAAUUGCAAAUGACGGCGAGGCUGUUCAACCAAGGAACAGACGUGACAACGAACAAGCCAUCCAAGAUAAACGAUUCAAGCUACCGAAGAUCGAGUUACAGAAAUUCAGCGGAGAGUUACGCGAGUGGCUGCAAUUUUGGAGUCUCUUUAAGAAUAUCCACGAAGAUCAACAGAUUACCAAGGAAGAUAAAUUCCAAUAUUUAGUUCAGGCUAUGGUAAAGGAUUCUAGAGCUAGUGAUCUUGUGAAUAGUUAUCCACCGAUCGCGGAAAAUUAUGACAAAGUCAUAGACAGUUUAAAAUCAAGAUUCGGUAAAAGCGAUUUGUUAAUUGAGCUAUACGUGCGCGAGCUGCUCAAGUUGGUGUUGAACAACACCACUAAGUCGGGAAAGAAGCCAUCCGUCGGUAACCUGUUCGAUAAGCUCGAAACGCAGUUGAGAGCGCUCGAGUCGCUUGGUGUCACUACUGAAAUGUGUGCGGCCAUGUUGUAUCCUCUAGUGGAAUCUUUGCUGCCGGAGGAGACAUUGAGAGUUUGGCAACGAUCACCGGCGUCGUCUGGCGCUACCGUCGCAAAGGACAGGCUCACUAACCUCAUGUCGUUUUUGGCUUUGGCGAAAGAGGUUCAGGCAGAACAAAGAAUUGAAAUGGUUGUUAGUGGUUUCGGCAUCACCUCAGAGGCAAAGGUGAAGGAUAGGAAUAAGAGAACGAAACAGGAAGCGUCGGAAACACCAACGGCGGCAGGACUUUUAACAGUAAAUGAAACGAUCGACUCUAAAUGCAUUUUUUGUGACGAACGACAUAACUGUGUAAAUUGUGAAAAGGCUAAGAAACUAUCUCUGGCAGAGAGGCAGGAGAUUGUUAAAGAAAAGAGAGCCUGCUUUUGUUGUGCCAAAAUCGGACAUAACCUCAAGAGUUGUUGUUAUAAGGGUAAGUGUGCGUGGUGUGGUCACAGGCAUAUUCUGUUGUUGUGUCGCAGUGUGGCCUCUAAUACGUCGAGCUCCGGAAGUAAAGCGAAGACGGACACUCAACAAAAGGACGUCGUGGAGAAUCUGUCCAAUCUGUCAUCGGGCCCGGAAGUUUUUAUGCAGACACUUAUGGUUAAAGUAUACAACGACAAUCAGGAACAGUUGAUCCGAGCGGUCGUUGACUCUGGGUCACAUCAUUCGUAUAUCUCAGCUGACGUGGCUGCGAAAAUGCAAUUCAAGGAAACAGGUAAUCGCACGAUGAUUCAUUCGCUGUUUGGAGGCGUGAGUACUCAACCUCUGGAUCACAAACGCUACCUCGUUUGUUUACGUAGUCUUGACGGUGGCUAUGCGUGCAAUUUCAACGCAUUCGAGCAGAAUAAAAUAUGUGUCAAUAUUCCCAGGGUGACCGGAGGUUCUUGGAUCAAGGAACUAAGUAGAAAAUCCAUUAAUCUCACAGAUGCUAACCACGAUGAAGUACCGAUUUCCCUCUUGAUAGGAGCCGAUGUUGCUGGCAAGCUUCUAACCGGUCGAAUAGUUCAACUUGAUAAUGGAGUAACGGCUGUUGAUACCAAGUUUGGAUGGACAAUAAUGGGCAAAAAUCCAUCGCACGUUUGUCAGCACAACGACAGUGUGGCGAUCGCUUUUUCUAUGUAUGUGGACGAGGCGAAGAUCGAAGACCUGUGGAAUUUGGAUGUUUUGGGAAUACAAGAUCCCAUCCAAAAAUCUACGAAGGAACAGCAUCAAGAAAACGUCCUAAAAGGCUUUCGACACUCUACAAUCAUAAACGAGCAAGGACGUUAUGAGGUAUGUUUGCCCUGGAAGGAGAACCACCCAACUCUACCGAUGAAUCGUGCGACGGCUGAGCGGAGGUUAGAAAGUACAAUCAAGAAACUAAAACAAGAUGGUCUCUACCAAGCCUACGACGACGUCUUUCAGGAUUGGUUGAACGAUGGUAUAAUAGAAGAACUUUCUAGCAAUGAAGCAAAGGAUUAUGGACAUUACCUGCCACACAGACACGUAGUUAAGAAAAAUAGCACGACUCGGAUUCGCCCGGUUUUCGAUGCAUCGUCAAGAGAAAGAAGAGGUCCCUCGUUGAAUCAGUGCUUAGAGACGGGACCAAAUUUCAUCGAAUUGAUACCCGAGUUGCUGCUACGAUUCAGGCUGCAGAAAUUUGGAGUGAUAGCAGAUAUACGAAAGGCAUUCCUUCAGAUUAGCGUCUCGAAACAAGAUCGAGACGUUAUGAAAUUUUUGUGGAAGAGACGGCCUGAAGACACGGAAUUUGUGGUCUAUCGACACUGUCGUGUCGUUUUUGGAGUAUCAAGCAGCCCAUUUUUGCUGGGAGCAACCAUCGAUCUUCAUCUGGAGAACAUUGCUCGAGACUUGCCCAAGGAGGAGAUCAACUUAAUACGCGAUCUUGCAAAAUCCUUCUACGUUGACAACAGUAUAACGAGUCACCCAACGGUCGACGAAGUAAAAGGUUUCAAGGAGAAGGCGACUCUAUACAUGAGUAAAGGAGGAUUUGACCUUCGAGGGUGGGAGUAUUCUGGCGAUAUGAAUCCCUCGACAGAAACUCCAGUUUUAGGCCUUGUCUGGGAUAAAGAUGCCAGUCAAGCCGCCUAUGCCGCAGUAAUUUUCGUAAGAGUUGUCUGCGGCCAGGGGAUUAAAGUUCACUUAGUUCAGGCCAAAUCUAGACUCGCACCCCUAGGAAAGCCAACGAUCCCACGCCUGGAAUUGAUGGGUGCUGUUAUUGGAGCUCGAUUACUGUGUAGCACCAUCAAGUAUUUGAAUCGUCCUGAGGUCAAGGUAUACUGUUGGACUGAUUCUUCCACGGUGCUUGCAUGGAUCAAGAGAGAGAGUCAAUGGGCGACGUUUGUCUGGCGACGAGUGCAAGAAAUUAGGCAAUUGACAGAACCUGAUGAUUGGCGUCAUGUUCCUGGAGAUUUAAACCCUGCUGAUCUUCCGUCCAGAGGAUGUUCUGCCAGGAAACUAAUCAAGACUAAAUGGUGGCUAGGACCACAAUGGCUCUCGCGCCCUGAAGAAGAGUGGCCCCUAUCCGACGCUAAGAUAGAUGAAGAUGCUGUUCGAAGCGAGAUGAAGAAAGGAACGGUGAGAUCAAAGGUUGUACAAAUCUCGUCCGUGCUAGUCGCCAAUGCAACGGGGCAUGAGUCUAGGGCAAGUGGAGAAAUGAUGAUUCCGGAUACUUCUUAUGAGGGAAUUCUACGGCGACUUGCCUGGAUAAUGAGGUUUGUUGCAAAUUGUCGACUAGAGGCUUCGAAACGAGUAAGGUCCUAUUUAAGAGUAAAAGAAGUUACAGCUGCGGAAUUAAAAUUGAUACGCAUGGUUCAACGUGAAAGUUUCUUUGGCUUCAAGGAUUCAAGGAUGAAAUUGAUGAACACAUAUCUAGACGAAGAUGGAAUAAUUCGACUGAAAAGCCCGGUCGCGAAUCGGGACGAUACCAUGGAUUUCAGACACCCGAUCUUGUUAGAUUCACGACAUUCCUUGGUAAACAAACUCAUUGAAUACACGCACUUGAGGUUAAACCAUGCACCAGCAAGUAUUAUGAUUAACGCUCUACGAGAGAAAUUCUGGAUACUGGGAUGUAGAAGAGGCGUUAACGCUGUUAUACACAGUUGUGUUUCCUGUCGCAGAUUUAAUGCUAAGAGAGUUGAAACAUUGUCCCCGGCUCUUCCUGGAAAACGAGUUAGAGAUGCAGCCGUCUUCGAGAUUACUGGAAUGGACUACGCAGGCCCUUUGUUUCUCCGAGACAAAACCAAGGCAUGGGUCUGUCUUUUUACUUGUGCCAUUUAUAGAGCGGUCCAUUUUGAACUAGUGUCUUCUCUGACCACGGAGAAUUUCCUGGAAGCGUUCCGGCGAUUCGUGUCGAGAAGAGGUCGGCCUUCCUACGUUUACACGGAUAACGGUAUCAAUUUUGUUGAAGCUAACAACCUUUUGCAGAGCAUCGACUGGAGAAAAGUGGAAAGGUAUGGCGUCGUUGAGCGAAUUCAAUGGCAAUUCAACCCCCCCUCUGCUGCCUGGUGGGGAGGAUGGUGGGAGAGAAUGGUACGCUCCAUGAAAGAUAUGCUUCGAAAGGUCCUUGGGAGAGCUGCCUUGAAUUUUGAGGAGGUUACUACUGUACUUUGCGACUGUGAAGCUGUUACAAAUAGUCGACCCUUGACUUACCUGGCUGAAGAUACCUGUCAGCUCGUGCCGUUAUCGCCUUCAUUAUUUCUUCACGAGUUGAAAAAUGACCGAUUACCUGACGUCGAUAUAGCGAUUACCACUCAGAAAAUUACUGCAAGACUUCGCUACAUUCAGGAACUACGCGAGGCUCUGAGAAAGCGUUUCAGAAUCGAGUAUCUUGGUCAACUGAAACAGUGUCCUUCGAUGCGAUCUACUACAAGCAUUCUCAAGGUGGGAGAUGUCGUUCUCAUCGGCAACGACCUGCAGAAACGUCUGGACUGGCCCUUGGCCAGAAUAAUUGAACUUAUUCCUGGAAUUGAUGGAGAGACGAGAGUCGUUCGUUUAAAAACAGCCACGGGAGAACUUAUACGUCCUGUACAACGAGUAUUUCCCUUAGAAGUACACUCUGGGGAAGAAUCUUCAGAUGAGCUGAGAGCUUGUCAUCAAUCGAAGAAGAAAUCGUCAGAGAAAGCAGAGACUGUUCCCGCUAAUGAAACUUGCGAAAUGCGAAAGGACGCUGACGUAGAAAAACCUGAAACGCGUACACGUUACGGAAGACUUGUGAAGCCCCCGUGUAGAUUUAAGCUUUAAGGAUUGUCAUGUGUUAAUGUUUUUUUGAGCUUAUUUCUUUUGUAAUGAGAGAUAAAUUUUUAUUUUUUUUUGUUUUGAGCCGUUAAAGUAAACCCUGUGUGUUGAGUUGUUGGGACUGUCAACAACUUAAGGUGGGAGAAAAUGUAGAGAGAGAACUUUGUUAGAGAGCGCUUG